CCGAGGGUGGGGUUGCCUGCAAGCAAGGGCGAAAAGAUGAGGAUAAGCACGACUAUAGUGAGCUGUCAAACCAACACGUCGUGUGCUGGUCUUGAUUCACCCGUGCUGAUCGCGGCAAGACAUGAAUUGGUAGAAAACGCACAUUUCUCAGCGUGAAUCUGAGAGCACUCUUGAGAAGUUGGACGUUCGAUGCCCAUGACAAGGACGUCGCAGAUCAUCAGCUUUCCACCAUGGAGGAGCAGGUAGAGCGUCUCGCUCGGAAAGCCUGGGACAAAUACAAGCAACUGCCAAGGUCGCAGCGGCUCUUGAUCGCCAUCUCGGGCAUCCCGGGCUCGGGGAAGACGACGCUGGCGACGAAGGUGUCCAAGAGGAUCAACGAGUUCUACGCCGCCGCCUCGCCCGGUCUGUCGGGAGGCGGGCAGGAGAUCGCCGCCUUCAUACCGAUGGACGGAUACCACCUGUCACGCGCGCAGCUGGAUGCCAUGCCGGACCCGGUGUACGCGCACGCCCGGCGCGGGGCGGCAUUCACGUUCGACGACGCGAGCUUCCUCCGGCUGGUGCAAAAGCUGCGGGAGCCGCUGCUGCCGGAGACGACGACGGUGUACGCGCCGAGCUUCGACCACGCGGUCAAGGACCCGGUGGAGGACGACAUCGCGAUCGCGCCGGGCGUGCGGGUCUGCAUCUUCGAGGGCAACUACUGCUCGCUGAACAGGGCCAAGUGGAAGGAGGCGGCCGACCUGAUGGACGAGCUGUGGUUUGUGGAGGUCGGCUUCGACGUCGCCAGAGAGCGGCUGGCCAACAGACACGUGGCGGCCGGCAUCGCCAGAAACAAAGACGAAGGCUACAGGCGCGCGGACGAGAACGACCUGGUGAACGGCCGGGAGAUUGUGGAAGGUCGCGUUGCGCACAUUGACGAGGUCGUGAUAAGCAAGGAGGACGAGUCGUGGGCUCCGCAGAGGCUUCAAGCAUAGAGAGUUUGAAUCCUCUUUCGCCUCAACGCAGGCCUGUCUUUUUUUGUCUUUCCCUACAUGCGCCCCUUCCACGGCAGACCUCGCCAGACUACGGGGCAAGGUCAAUUGAUACAGGGCCAGUUCAAUUUUUUUUUUUCUUCGCAAAGGGCAAUGUUUCGUUAUUUUUGAGCUCAGAACAUACUAAAAGGCCAGACGGAGGCGUCUGUGCUGCGCACAUUAGAGAUGAUGACGAAAGCAUAUGGGUACCGCUGGCUCAACACGUUGUCGGCCGGAGAAUGGUGACCAAAAACGGUUCGCACGACGAGUAGAGACGUAGUUGCAGGCAGAUCCCGGAUACCGAGCUGCGUGUGAAAGAGUGUGCCUCAGUCCUUUUACCUUUUCCUUGCGUCCUUUUCCUGUCCGUUUGUCUCGUUUUCACGCCUCGACACUGGUCACAUACACGCACCCAGAUCUUGCAAGAAACUCGGCUUUCGAAUCGCAGGCAUGCUGGGCAAAAGGCGAAAGGCUGAGCUCACAGCGAUCAUCACGUCUGAUCUUUGCGGUGUAACACACUUUGUGGGCACGUCGGUGACGAUGCGGGUGGGCGAAAACAGGUCGCAGACGCGCGGACGCAAUGAACCGUGCCAUUGUCUCGGAGGUGCGAGUAGU